UCGUGUGUUCUCCAUCCCAUGUGACACUGGCGAAAUGAUAUGUGUCAAACUGACACAACUAAAAGCCAUUAAGCAAAGAACUGAACUGUGUUUGUUUUGUAUUUCUUAAUUUUUAUAUAUGUAAAAUAAUAAAAUAAAAUAAGUCUCUCAAUAUUUAUGAAGUAUUUGCCCAUAUUCAGAAGAUACUUUUUGAAAAUUAUGAAAAUGGAAGCUUCAACAGUGGAUGUGAGUACAAAAAGUAUAAAAGAAGGACAAGCUGAAAUACGUCUGACAACAGAAAAGGUUUUCUAUAACCCUGUUCAAGAAUUUAACAGAGAUUUGAGUAUAGCGGUACUGAGUGUGUUCACUCAAGAUUAUAAGGCUGAAAAGAUUACCAGGUUACAAAAAAACAUUAAAAAUUUAAACGAACAGAUUACUGGAGACUCAGCUAAAACUGAAGAUAAUUUAGAGGUACCAGUUACAAUCCUAGAAGCCUUAUCAGCAACAGGGCUAAGAAGUAUACGCUAUGCAAAAGAGAUCCCUAAUGUCACUAAAAUUGUAGCUAAUGAUCUGUCAGAGCAGGCCGUGGAGACGAUAAAGGAAAAUGUGGUACACAACGGUGUGGAAUCUUUGAUAGAUACUAGCCAUGAUGACGCCUGUAUGCUCAUGUACAAACACAAACAUCCGACAAAAAGGUUUGCAGCCAUUGAUUUAGAUCCAUACGGCUGUCCGUCUAUAUUCCUUGACUCUGCUGUACAAAGUGUUCAAGAUGGCGGUCUUUUAUUAGUGACAGCAACAGACAUGGCCGUUUUAGCGGGAAACUCGCCUGAGACAUGUUAUAGCAAAUAUGGUGCUAUUAGUCUUAAAACGAAAUGUUGUCAUGAAAUGGCAUUAAGGAUACUGCUCCAGUGUAUAGAGUCACACGCAAACCGAUACAGCCGUUACAUAGUACCGCUGCUGAGUAUAUCCGCAGACUUCUACAUUCGCGUAUUUGUCAAGAUUUACUCAGGGGCUAUACAUUGCAAGACAACUACUAGCAAACUGUCUAUGGUGUACCAUUGCGUGGGAUGCGACAAUAUAGCCUUACAGCAACUUGGAGGAUUCAAACCGAAUCCCACUGAGAAAAAUCCAGAACAAAUGAAAGCCUUCCUACCAGCGGUCCCUCCUGUUGGGGAGUAUUGUGAACAUUGUAACCAACGGCAUCAUUUAGGAGGUCCAAUCUGGUCAGCACCGAUCCACGAUGAAGCAUUCGUCACCCGAGUCCUCACUCAUGUUGAAGAUAAGCCACACUUAUUUGCAACCGCUAAGAGAAUACAGGGCGUUCUCUCCAUGGUCAGGGAGGAACUACAGGAUGUUCCUUUGUACUAUACAUUGGAUAAAUUGUUCGGAAGAGUGCACUUGGAGACUAUGCCCAUGCUGGUCAUGAGGUCGGCGCUGCUGCACGCGGGCCACCGUGUGUCGUACUCGCACGCGUGCCGCCUGUCGCUGAAGACGAGCGCGCCGGCGCGCGCCGUGUGGGACGUGGUGCGCGCCUGGCACGCCGCGCGCCCCGCCCGCCCCCACAAAUUACAGUCUGACCCAGUAGCCGCAUAUAUCCUGAAGCAGCCAGUGUCUAACACAGUGGAUCUAAGUCCCCGCCCGGACGCGAACCCCAUCAGUCGACGUGAUGGCCGCCUUCGCUUCCAGUUCAACCCCACGCCCCACUGGGGACCCGGCUCUCGCGCCGCUGUCAAUGUCGGCGAAGAAAAAAUAUCAAAAGCAAUAAGAAAUCAAAAUAAACACAGUAAAGAGAAAGGCAAUGAAAAACGAGGUCACUCGCCCGACGACAAAGAACCGCGAAAGAAAUCAAACUUCGAAGAUCUUGAUACGUCUGUUUAAUUUUAAAUAUAAUGUUAAUAUUAUAUAUCUAUACAUAUUAUGUAUAAUUAUAUAUUAAAUGUUUGACUUAUAAAAUAA